AUGGAAGAGGAGGUUGCCGCCCUCGUUAUCGACAAUGGUUCGGGAAUGUGCAAGGCCGGUUUCGCCGGUGACGAUGCGCCCAGAGCUGUCUUCCCCUCCAUUGUCGGUCGCCCCCGUCACCAUGGUAUCAUGAUCGGUAUGGGCCAGAAGGACUCCUACGUCGGUGAUGAGGCACAGUCGAAGCGUGGUAUCCUGACGCUCCGCUACCCCAUCGAGCACGGUGUCGUCACCAACUGGGAUGACAUGGAGAAGAUUUGGCACCACACCUUCUACAACGAGCUCCGUGUCGCCCCCGAGGAGCACCCCGUCCUUCUGACUGAGGCCCCCAUCAACCCCAAGUCCAACAGAGAGAAGAUGACCCAGAUCGUCUUCGAGACCUUCAACGCCCCCGCGUUCUACGUCUCCAUCCAGGCCGUCCUGUCUCUGUACGCCUCCGGUCGUACCACCGGUAUCGUCCUCGACUCCGGUGACGGUGUCACCCACGUCGUCCCUAUUUACGAGGGUUUCGCCCUUCCCCAGGCCAUUGCCCGUGUCGACAUGGCCGGUCGUGACUUGACCGACUACCUGAUGAAGAUCCUUGCCGAGCGCGGCUACAGCUUCUCCACCACCGCCGAGCGUGAAAUCGUUCGUGACAUCAAGGAGAAGCUCUGCUACGUCGCCCUUGACUUCGAGCAGGAGCUCCAGACCGCUUCCCAGUCCUCCAGCUUGGAGAAGUCCUACGAGCUUCCCGACGGCCAGGUCAUCACCAUCGGCAACGAGCGUUUCCGUGCCCCCGAGGCUCUCUUCGCUCCUUCCGUCCUGGGUCUUGAGAGCGGUGGUAUCCACGUUACCGUCUUCAACUCCAUCAUGAAGUCCGACGUCGACGUCCGUAAGGACCUGUACGGCAACAUUGUCAUGUCUGGUGGUACCACCAUGUACCCCGGUCUUUCCGACCGUAUGCAGAAGGAGAUCACUUCCCUUGCUCCUUCUUCCAUGAAGGUCAAGAUCAUUGCUCCCCCCGAGCGCAAGUACUCCGUCUGGAUUGGUGGUUCCAUCUUGGCCUCCCUGUCUACUUUCCAGCAGAUGUGGAUCUCCAAGCAGGAGUACGACGAGAGCGGUCCCUCCAUUGUCCACCGCAAGUGCUUCUAA